AUGACUCAGACACUUCUGGACCUUUCUCGCCACUGUGUCGGGAGACAUGCGUAUCCAUCUCCGGAGAACCUGGAAAACGUAUGUAUCGAGAAUUGCAUAGGGUUCUGCAAAGUUCCACUUGGCAUUGCAGGCCCGUUACGCUUGGCCGGAACACCCGUGCUCGACGAUAUCUAUGCCCCUUUAGCCACAUACGAAGCUACCCUUAUCGCCAGCUGCUCUAGAGGAUGCAAGGCCUUUAAUGCCUCUGGCGGCAUACAUAUUGAAACUCUGAGCAAUGGCAUGUCUCGCGGUCCUGUCUUUGUUUUCCAGAACCCUAGGCGGGCAGUCAUCUUUGCCCAAGCGCUACCGGGUAUGCAGAACGCAUUCGCUAGGUGGGCAGAAGCGACUAGCAAGCAUGUUAGGCUCAAGACUAUCGAGCCUUCCAUCAUCGGUUCGCAGGUUCAUCUUUUGUGCACCUAUAGCUGUAGGAGCGCGGCGGGACAGAACAUGGUCACGAAAGCCACACAGUACGCCUGUCAGCUAGCUUCCGACAAAAAACCCUCUUGGGGAAACGUGAAGCAGCCUCGUGGUGUUGAGACUUUAGUCUGGGGAACGAUUUCACGAGAAGCCUGUCAGAAGAUCCUCGGCUGCACCACCGAGCGCCUCUACAUGGUCCAGAGGACUCUCAAAGAAGGCGGGAUCAGGAACGGUCAGUUUGGUUCCAACAUAAACACGGUCAAUAUCAUCGCAGCCAUGUUCAUUGCGACCGGUCAGGACACUGCCAGCACCGCCGAAGCAUCCUGGAGCCAUCUGACCUCGGAACUUGACCCUAAGUCUGGUGCGCUUUGCAUGAGCCUCUAUUUCCCGUCCCUGCCUGUCGGCACUGUCGGAGGCGGUACAGGAUACCCGAUGCAGAAAGAGGCUCUCAAGAUGCUGCGAUGUGACGGAGACGGGCCAGACCAGAAGGAACGGCUGGCCGGGCUUAUUGCAGCGUUCAGCCUUGCACUCGACGUCAGCACAAGCUCAGCUGUCGCGAACGACACCUUUACUGCCAGUCAUAUGAGGCUUGCUCGUGGAGAAACCCUGCAACCGCGUUUGUGA